CCUUUUACCCUCAACACAGCCAAAAUGGCGAGAGGUCCGAAGAAACAUUUGAAGCGCUUGAAUGCGCCCAGACACUGGAUGUUGGAUAAGAUGACUGGUUGUUUUGCUCCCAAGCCGAGCUGCGGACCCCACAAGCUGCGCGAGUGCCUGCCGCUCGUCAUCUUCCUGCGUAACCGGCUGAAGUACGCGCUGACGGGAGACGAGGUGAAGAAGAUCGUCAUGCAGCGCCUCAUCAAGGUCGACGGCAAGGUGCGCACCGACGCCACCUACCCGACGGGAUUCAUGGACGUCGUCACCAUUGAGAAGACGGACGAGCGUUUCCGGCUCAUCUACGACGUGAAGGGUCGCUUCACCGUCCACAGGAUCACUGCGCAGGAGGCAGCGUACAAGCUGUGCAAGGUGAAGAAACUGGAGGUGGGGCCGAAGGGCGUGCCGUUCAUCGUGACGCACGACGGCCGCACGAUCCGCUACCCCGAUCCCAACGUCAAGGUCCACGACACCGUCAAGGUCGACAUCGCCUCCGGAAAGAUCCAGGAUUACAUCAAGUUCGACACGGGUAACCUAUGCAUGAUCACCGGCGGUCGUAACUUGGGGCGCGUCGGCACCGUAACGCACAGGGACCGUCAUCUCGGAUCCUUCGACAUCUGCCACAUCAAGGACAGCGCCGGUAACUCCUUCGCCACCAGACUGAGCAACGUCUUCAUCAUCGGCAAGGGGAACAAGGCUUACGUGUCGUUGCCACGGGGACGCGGCGUCAAGCUGAAGAUCGCCGAGGAGAGAGACAGGAGACUGCUGCAGAAGACCCAGGGCCACUAAUGAAUGCGUUGCGCAGCCACGAUUUACUGUACAGAGAGAGAGAGAGAGGGACGGACGCCGAGUAAAUAAAUAGUAUUGGCCAAGCGAAGA